AUGUACUUCUUCCUCCUCAACCUCGCCCUCCUUGACCUGGGCUGUAUCUCCACCAUUGUCCCUGAAUCCAUGGCCAAUUCCCUCUGGGACACCAGGGCCAUUUCCUACGCAGGGUGUGUGUCGCAGAUCUUUUUUUUCCCCUACUUCAUCACAGCAGAGUAUUGUCUUCUCACAGUCAUGGCCUAUGACCGCUACGUUGCCAUCUGCAAACCCCUGCACUACGGGACCCUCCUGGGCAGCAGAGCUUUUGUCCACAUGGCAGCAGCUGCCUGGGCCAGUGGGUUUCUCAACGCUCUGCUGCACACGGCCAAUACAUUUUCACUGCCACUCUGCAAGGGCAAUGCUGUGGACCAGUUCUUCUGUGAAAUCCCUCAAACCCUCAAGCUCUCCUGCUCACACUUUUACCUCAGGGAAGUCUGGGUUAUUCUGGUUAGCCUCUUGUUAAUAUUUGGAUGUUUUGUUUUCAUUGUGGUGUCCUAUGUGCAGAUCUUCAGGGCCGUGCUGAGGAUUCCCUCUGAGCAGGCACAGCACAAAGCCUUUUCCACGUGCCUCCCUCACCUUGCUGUGGUUUUCUUGCUCACCAGUACUGGCACAUUUGCCCACCUGUAG